CAACCUGACCUCUAUCUUCAUUAUCUGCUUUCCUGCUUGGCGGAGGCGGGCUGCUGCGUGUGAUACUACGCAUUGAUAAACCCGCCCUUAGCCGGAAUAGCUAUUUAAGCUUCGGUCAGCUUCCGCUCGAAGCUUCCCAACCACCAAACAACUUCAGAGGAACGAAAGCAUUGAACAUAGAGCAGCGAACAUGGCAGCAGCGUCGUCUCAGGAAGACAUAGCAGGGCUCUUAGCUCAGUUACUGGAGGAUAUUAAGACGAUCAAGUCGGACAAUGCACGCUUGACUUCGCAGCUAGAUUCUAUCAAUGGAAAAGUCAAUAUCUUGUCCAGCGUGAAACAAAUUAACGAAUCCGCCGAACUGUCGACCUCGUCACAGCAGACAGCUCCAGCAACAGGAGCAGAACAGGAACGACCUAAGACACCGAGCGAGGAGGCCCAAGAUACUAAGCCGAGCUCUGCUGCAACAUCGCCUUCUGUCCGGAGGGAAUCAACAUCGUUCUCAUCCAAAAUUAUCCUGACGUCGUAUCCAGGUCAAGCUGGUGUUGACCCGAUUCCUUUGAAAUGGGGAGCAGCCGACCCCCAAGUCCGUGGACCCGUGGUCGUUUCGCGACACAAGUCCACAAUUGGAAGACGCAAUGCCAUCGGUGCUCAUGGCGGCUCGUAUUCUAUUUAUCAUGCCCUGGCAGUCGCCAGCGCCCAGCUGGACGUUUCCCACAAGCCCGACUUCACGAACACUGAGCCGGCUUCGAAAAUUGGACCGCACCCGCAAUGGACGGAUGCGAAGAAGAUUGUUGCCAUGGAUCCGUUCGGCCACUUGGCUCCAUGGCUGUAUCAGAACUACAUUGACCAAGAGAAUGUGGAGAUUCGCCCCACAAUAGCUAUUACCAAAGCUCAUAUGAGGAUCCUUGAGUUGAAGGAAAGUGUGAAGGCCGGUAGGCUCAAGGUCGACGGUCAGAUCUGUCUCAAUCAAGAUGGCGAGCUUGCGGUAACCAAGGUGGCUGUGGAACCGGUGUGGUACCUACCGGGCGUGGCGGAGAGGUUCGGGAUCGAAGAGGGCAGGCUACGAAGAGCGUUGUUUGAAGAGACAGGUGGCUCGUAUCCCGAGCUGAUCACGAGAAAUGACAUUAAGGUAUUUUUACCCCCCAUUGGGGGUCUGACGGUGUACAUAUUUGGCGACACCAAGCGGAUGUCAGAUCCAAACUGCAGACUCUCACUGCGCAUUCACGACGAGUGCAAUGGAAGCGAUGUUUUUGGCUCGGACAUUUGCACCUGUCGCCCGUAUCUCAUCUUCGGUAUCGAAGAAGCUGUUAAGGAGGCGCAAAACGGCGGCAGUGGUGUGGUGAUCUACUUCCGCAAGGAGGGUCGCGCCUUGGGAGAGGUCACUAAAUACCUCGUGUACAAUGCACGCAAGCGAGGUGCCGAUCGAGCGAGCGAAUACUUCAAGCGCACGGAGAACAUUGCGGGCGUCAAGGAUAUGCGCUUCCAGGCGCUGAUGCCGGACAUAUUGCAUUGGCUAGGAAUCACAAAGAUUGAUAGGAUGCUAAGCAUGAGCAAUAUGAAGCACGACGCCAUCGUCGAGCAGGGCAUCCCGAUACAUGAGCGCGUUCCUAUUCCUGACGAGCUCAUUCCCGAGGACAGCCGAGUGGAGAUCGAUGCCAAGAUUCAUGCGGGCUACUUCACGACCGGGAAGGUCAUGAGCAUGGAAGAACUUGACAACGUCAAAGGAAGACAGUGGGAGAAAUGGGAUGAUGUUGACCACUGAUCGAGACUUCGUCGCACGCGAACGAGGAGUAUGGAAGAGCGAAUACCAGAGGAGGUCGAUCCUGCAUGUCUCAAAGCUAGAGAUUGGUAAACGGUAGGCAGUGAGGUCUUGUGAGCAGGUCCCCCAAGUCUGAUUCUUGCGUUGGAGAACACCGUCCAGAACGGGCUUCACGUUCCUCUUUGGUGCUCGUGCAGACGCGGACGUACGCUUGGUCACGUUGCCGAUUUUCAUAGAGUUUCGACGUGCGUGAUGGCGCGUCGAAAAACACCAGUCAGGUACGAGCGCAUUAGGCGUUUGAGAGGACAAAGUUAUUACUGGGCAAUACAAUCUCCAAUCAAAUCUAAAUGAUAAUGGAGACAUGUUUCACGAAUCAGAGCGGUUUGCCUGUUCUAAGCGUG